AUGGUUAUCAUGAUUUCAAAUAUAAAUGCAUGUGAUGUAAUGGGUUCACGUGCAUGUGGUCGAAAACCUGAAAAAGAAGAUCGAGAAACAGAUCCAAUUAAAUAUUGUGUUGCAUCACGAGUUUAUUUUGAAUGUGUUCAUAAAAAAUAUCGUGGUUGUGAAAAUAAAGAAAAAUAUGAAACAGCUAUGGAAUCAAUUAUGAAAGGCAUUCGAAAGCGUGUCAAUGAUCUAUUAGCUUUUUGCAGUGAUAAAAUUGAAGAUUAUAAAUUUAAUAUUGUUUGGGAUACUCCCAAACAACCAGAAGCAGCUGAUUCAGUUCGUAGUGGUGGUUCACAUAAUCCAAGUGUAUCACCAAAAAAUGGUAUUCUUGGUUCAGUACCUGUACAAUCACUUUUACCUAAUGAUAUAUGUCAAGUAAAAGCAAUAAAUGAUUUAUGUCAACCAUUAAUGAUUACUGUUAAAUUUAACCCAUCAUGGAAUACUGUUAAUAAACGAGGUUGGUGUCAACAAGCAACAACUUAUUUUCGUUGUUUAAAAUCUCGUCUUGAUAAAUGUCCACAACAAGAUGUGCAAAAUCAAUUUCAACAACUUGAACAUUAUCUUCAAUCACAAAUAAAUAUUAACUGUCCAGGUGGUGUAGAAGGAUGUACACGUCAUUCACCAGAUGCACGUUGUAAAAUAGGUUUACUUCAAUCGAAUUCUAGUUCACCUAUAUUUUAUCUUUGUUAUUUUGUUGUUCAAUCGGUAUUACAAAUACUACUACUCUUAUUAUUAUUUUAA